AUGAACGUUAUCUUGAUUGUAUAUGUAGAAGAAAACCUAUUUCAAUUUUCAAUCUCUACACAGCAAACUUAUUCACCCGACUCAAAUAACGAGUUCGAUGAAACGCUCGAUGAUCGGAAUGGUUCCAUCAUGCUUGAUAACAAUAAUAUCAUCAUGAAAACACCUCAAUCUCUUGAUGAUCUUCUCGAUGUUGAUGAUAAUAACAAUGAAAACGACGAAGAGACAGAAAAGAAUGAAAAUCUUGAUCAGAAUAAUGAUAAUAACGACGAUUCAACGCAUUUAAUCGUUGAUCAUCCAAAUCCAGCAGAACAAACAAAACAAAAGAAAUCUAUCGAGAAAAAUGGUAAGAUUUAA